AUGGCGGAGGACUACACCGUUGGUUGGGUCUGCGCCGUCCACCCCGAACUCGUCGCGGCAAAGGUGUUCUUGGACGAAAAGCACGAGGCCUUAGGCGAGGGCUCCAAACACGACAGCAACUCGUACACUCUCGGAAGGAUCGGAAGGCACAAUGUUGUGGUCCUAGGCCUGGGUGGAAUGGGCUCAGUCCCAGCGGCGACAGCUGUUCGGAACAUGGCUCGUACGUUCCCCGAGAUCCGCUUCGUCUUGAUGGUCGGCAUCGGCGGCGGCGCGCCUUCCAAGAAGCACGACAUCCGGCUCGGAGACAUUGUCGUAAGCCACCCUGGCGAUAAGCAUGGCGGCCGAACGGGCUUCCUCGAUCAGCCGCCCGAGACCCUUCGUACUGCCAUACGCGAUCUUCGCGCGGACCACGAUAUUGAGGGAAACGGACUGGAAGACGCCGUGAAUAAAGUUCUCGCGCAGAACAAAAGGCUGCGCGCGGGAUAUAGACGACCGCCACGAGAAACCGAUAUGCUUUUCAAGAGCAGUUUCAUGCAUCCCGAUUAUGACGAUGACUGCACAAAUUGUGGUUCAGACCCUUCGCGUGUCGAUACACGUCCCGAGCGAGACGAGGAUGAACUGGUCAAAGUGCAUUACGGACUGAUCGCUUCAGCAAACACCGUCGUCAAAAACGCCGUGCUUCGGGACAAGCUGUCUGCAGACAUGAGUGUGCUGUGUUUCGAGAUGGAAGCAGCAGGGCUGAUGAACCACUCUCCUUGUCUCGUGAUUCGAGGUAUCUGCGACUAUUCGGACACUCACAAGAGCAAGAAGUGGCAAGGAUACGCUGCAAUGCUGGCUGCCGCUUAUGCCAAGCAGGUCCUCGAGAAGGUCAUUCCUAGCAAGCUCCAUACUGAGCGCAAAAUCCUGGACGUGCUUAACGACGUGAAAGAAUCCACGGCUAGGAUAGAGGUCCAGAUCGAGGAUAUCGCUUCAAAACACAGGAGCGACUUAGACGAGAACCUUCUCGAUUGGAUUACCCCAGCCAACUAUGGUGCGAAGCAAAGCGAUCAUUUCGAAAGACAUCACCCAGACACCGGACUUUGGCUGCUCAAAUCUGAAGCGAUGAAAGAGUGGAUCCACCGCAGGGGCCAUACUUUAUUUUGUCACGGGAUUCCAGGGUGCGGCAAGACCGUCCUGACAUCUAUCGUCAUCGAAUACUGUCGCACGCUUAUGAGGCAGAAGGAGAAAAUCGCCUUGGUCUGGAUCUAUUGCAAUUUUCGGGAGACCAAGGUGCAACGGACCAUCGACUUGGUCGCGAGCCUUCUCAAACAACUAGCUCAGGCAGCACCUUCAAUACCGGAAUGUGUCCGCACUUUACACAACAGCCACCAAAGACAACGCACCAGGCCUUCCAUGGGCGAUAUCCUCAGUACAAUCAGCGCAGUGUUGACGCAGUUCUCGGAAACCCGUAUCUUUGUUGACGCCCUGGAUGAGUGUCAGACGACCGACAGUUGUCGUGACCAAUUUCUCUACGAACUCUGCAUGCUGCAAACCACACACGCCGUCAACUUAUUCCUGACGUCGCGCGAGGAUCCCAUGAUUAGUGACAAGAUAUACGGCUGGAAUUCGGUGACGUCCCUGGAGGUCCGCGCCUCGGAGCAUGAUGUACGGAGCUACGUAAGCAGUCAACUCGACUCCUUUCCGGAUUUUGUGAAGAACAAUCCGGAGCUUCGCGUGCAUACUCUCACCAAGAUCCCGGAGAAGGUCGAAGGAAGUUUUCUCCUUGCCAAGUUGUAUCUUGACGCGCUGCGACCAAAAACUAACAUCAAGAAACUGGCCACGGCCCUCGGUGAUCUCAGUAGCGGAGCAGAUGCAUACCGCAGCGCAUACGAGGAAGCCAUGGGCAGAAUCAAUAGCCAGAACACGGAACAUGCGCAGCUAGCAACGGAAGCUCUCGCUUGGAUCACACGGGCACAACGACCAUUGACAUCAGCUGAACUCCGGACAGGGCUAGCCGUUGAGGUCGGCUCAGAUCGCCUGGACAAAACCAACAUGACGAGUCUCGACAGCAUUCUGUCCGUUUGCGCAGGGCUAGUCAUGCUGGACGAGCAGAGCCAGAUUGUGCGCCUGGCCCAUUACACAACACAGGAAUAUUUUCGAGAAACGUGGCAGAAAUGGUUUCCCGAAGCCGAAACACAGAUAAGUAGGAAACUGCUGACGUGUAUGUGUCACGAUGGUGUCGAUUCGUUCGCAAUCAAGCAUCGGCCUUCAUUUCACAUGUCGAGCCGGACGAGGUAUUUGCCUUUAGGGGAUCAAGGCUUAUACAACUACGCGCUCGAAAACUGGGCCGACCAUGCAAAACAGGGAAACGGGAUACUCGACAGCGAGCUGCUUUGGAACUUUCUGAGCAACAGCCACUACGUGCAAGCAUGCUAUAAGUUUACACAUGAACGCAUUAGAACUCAGGCCGCUUUCGAUUCGCCGGCUGUACCAUUGCAUCUCGCUGCCUUUUACGGCUUGCCGAGCGUGGCACUCAAUCUGCUAGAAAAGGGGGCUCAUGUUGACCCAGCAGCGCAGCAGGGCGAAACGCCACUAUUUGACGCUGCUAGGAAUGGCCACGCAGAGGUGGUCAAGAUCCUAAUCGAGGCCAACGCAGGAGUCGACCAUGUCGACAACUAUGGCAACCCACCACUAUUUAAAGCUGCUGGGCAUGGCCACGCAGAGGUGGGCCACGUGCAGGUGGUCAAGAUGCUAAUCACCGCGAACGCAGCAGUCAACCAUGCGAACUCAAAAGGAGAUACGCCACUAUCUCUAGCUGCGUCUCAAGGCGACGUGGAGACAGUGAACGCCCUGAUCACCGCGAACGCAGCAGUCAUCCAUACGAACUCAAAAGGAGAUACGCCACUUUCUCUAGCUGCGUCUCAAGGCUACGUGGAGACAGUGAACGCCCUGAUCACCGCGAACGCAGCAGUCAACACUAUAAAUGCGCAAGGCGACACGCCGCUAUCUGCAGCUGCUUAUUACGGUCAAAGCACAGUGGUCAACGCCCUGAUCGCCGCCAACGCAAUGACGAACCAUGUCGACCACCAUGGCAAUACGCUGUUAUUUCAAGUAGUCCUCCACGGCAGCUCGCUUGUCGUCGCAGACAGAAUCGACGAAAACAAAGCAAUCGACCAUGUCAGCCAAGAUGUCAGAGACCUCCUCGCCGCCAAGGCUCCUGUCGACGGAAGUGAUCUUGAUUUGGAGACGCCGUUGGCCAGUGCUAUCAAUGAGGGCCGCCGCAACGUGGCCAAGAUCCUGAUUGCUGCGGACGCCAACAUCAACAAGCCAGAUAUUGAUGGUGUAACGCCGCUCAUGCGCGCCGUGGAGAACGGCUCAAUGGAGAUAGUGCAACUGCUCCUCGACAAUGAAGCCAAGACGAAUCAGACAGAUAACGAUGGCCGACCGGCACUGCUAUACGCCGUUUGGUACGGGCGCGCGGAUAUGGUCAAGGCAUUGCUUGCCAACGGGGCCUCGCCACACACGCCGGACGCUCUUUUCUCAUACCUUCUCGAACUCGCGGUCAAGCACGGCGAUACGGAAAUCGCCAAACUCCUGGUCAAUACACGGGCAGACUGCGAUAGUCGCGAUGCUGCAGCCGGGCGGGUUGCGCCCAUUACCGCUUCCGAAUAA